AUGGUGAUUUCAUCCGGACUGGACUUGGGACAGGGGAUUUUCUAUCAAAGAAAUGACGCAUCGCUGAACACUUACGAGCCUGCCAUCAAUUCCAAGGUCGAUGAGUUCAUCGAGCAGCUGUCCAAACGUGGCACUAUCGAUGCAACAGCAUGGUCUAUGUAUCUGUCUUUUGACAUUAUGGGCAAGGUCGGGUUCGGCAAGGAGUUCAAUAGUGUGACCAACGGAGAAGAGCACCCAGCGAUUGAGGGUGUUCACUCGUCCAUGACCGUCCUCAGUAUAAUGAGCCACGUCCCAUGGAUGUUAAACAUGAUGGGCAAAAUACCGGGAGCUGCGGCUGCAUACCAGGAAUUCUUCGCCUGGUGUGGCUCCGAGAUCGAGGCCAAGAAGAAGAACUGGAACGCAGAAGACUAUCCCCAGGACAUCGUGUCAUGGCUCAUCAAAGCCGUAAUGGAGAAGGACGCCUCGGCAUCCCCCUCCGACCCAGCGCUGCACGAGGACUCCCGCGUCGUGAUCGUCGCGGGCAGCGAGACCGCAGCCACGACCCUGGCCACCAUCCUGUACUACCUGUCCAAGCACCCCAACAUCCAGAAGAAGCUCCAGUCGCAGCUUGACUCCGCCCUCGGGAAGCAGUGGAACUACGAGGACGUCAAGGCUGUGACCUACAUCGACGACGUCAUCGACGAGACCCUGCGCCUCAAGCCCGCCCUCCUCACCGGCGGGCACCGCGUCACGCCGCCGCAGGGCAUCACCAUCGACGGGACCUUCAUUCCGGGUGACACCAAUGUCUUCGUCCCUGUACACAGGCUCCAGAACGACCCGCGGUACUGGAAGGAGGCGGCCGAGUUCAUCCCCGAGCGGUUUGGCGAGAGGAGGGCAGAGAUGGAGACCGACGGCGCGCCGUUCCUGCCAUUUACUCCCGGAGCAUAUCAAUGCCCUGGUAAGAAUCUGGCCUUUCUGUCGCUGCGGAUCACGCUGUCGAGGGUUUUCCGGGAGUUUGAUGUUGCUUUUGCUCCGGGUGAGACGGGGGAGGCGUUUGAUCGUGAUGCGAAGGACACGUUCACUACAACGUUGCCGCCUGUGAUGAUCAAGUCCACUAAGAGAAAAUAA